GUCGAGAUCGGCGAAGCGGUCGGAGUCAUCGCGGCGCAAUCUAUCGGCGAACCGGGAACGCAGUUGACGAUGAGAACCUUCCACGUCGGCGGAACGGCGCGUCUC